UUAUGCGUGAACUGUCAGCAAUAAACCAACAUUCUCCAACUUGGCACCCUUCAGAUAUGUGGAACAAUCCCUUAAUCGCCAGCCAGCAUUUUGGGCCAAUGGGAAUUGUAGUCCAAAAUAUUUGAAGGUACCCAGUGAAAUAGGUUUGGACUGUACAUUCCUCAGUGUGAGGCUGUUAGACUGAGGGACAGAAUUCUGGACCACAGGUACACGUGGGCAACAUACAUUGAUCUAAAUUUUUUUGAAUACCCACUAAUGUAGACGAACACUAGCCCAUCUUUCCCUUUGAUACCACAGUUUGAGGGAGAAUUUUUUUUAAACGCCCUCCUCUGCAGCCGUUAUGUGGCCGGACAGCCCUGAAUUUCACCACCCAAACUCUGCUUAGACGACAUACCGUCCCUUCAACGUAUAACGGAUAUAAUUCGGCCUGGUAGGGGUAAAAAAACACUAAAUAAAAAUCCUAGUUGAUGUACAUUUUUGCAUGGCGUGCGUUGUUUCUUCAUGGUUUGCUUUUCUUGCCACGCCUAUUGUUAGUUUUGCUUUAGCCACCACAAUAAUAACAGCAGCAGUAAUAAUAAUCUCACGACACUUGAUGUGAUCGGAAGAAGGUGAAUGAGAAAGCACGCAUUGUCCUGCUUUUAAUUGCGGCGAAGGUGGGAAGGGCGGCGAUUGGCUGCAGGUUUGCCACCACCAAUCCGCCGCUUGCGGAGUAGGAAAAGCCUCCUCCAUCCAUCUAUCCCCUCCUCCUCCUCCUACCCCUCUUUGAGCAAAUAAAAAAAGAAAAACUGAAAAGACGCGUGCCCGGGCAGCCUUCCCCAACUCCGUCUCCUUCCCUUCCCUUCCCUUCCAGCCUGUCGCACAGGUACGCCCGGGAGUUUUUCGCCCAGCUUUUCCUCUCAGCCGUCAUAAGCAAAGCAGGCUCCCUGAGGCGAUCCCGUCUCUGCCUCUUCCCGCCCAAACAUGGCUGCGAUCCUCGCUCCCUCGACCCUCGCCGCCGCCGCCGCCGCCACCUUCCUCCGCCGGCUGCUGUGGUGCUGCCCCAUCUUCUUCGUCGUCUGGCUGGAGACGGGCCGUUGCACGCCCAGUUCGGCCCCGGAGGAAGCCGCGCAAGAGGUGCUGAGCCCGGAGGCGCCCCUGCCGGAAUCCGCCUUGCAGAAGCCCACCGUGUUCUUAGCCAUCCUCGCCCGGAACGCUGCCCACUCCCUGCCCUAUUUCCUGGGCUGCGUGGAGAGGCUGAGGUACCCCAAGGAGAGAAUGGCCGUCUGGGUAGCCACUGACCACAACGUUGACAAUACAACAGGCAUUCUGAGAGAGUGGCUGAAGAAUGUACAAAAAUUGUACCACUACGUGGAGUGGAGGCCCUUGGAUGAACCUCUGUCUUACCCAGAGGAAAUUGGGCCCAAACAUUGGCCAUACUCCAGGUUCACCCAUGUGAUGAAGCUGAGGCAAGCUGCUUUAAGAACAGCAAGGGAAAAAUGGUCUGACUACAUCAUGUUUAUAGAUGCUGAUAAUUUUCUGACAAACCCAGAAGUGCUAAACCUGAUGAUAGCAGAGAAUAAGACCAUUGUGGCACCAAUGCUGGAAUCUCGGUCUCUCUACUCUAAUUUCUGGUGUGGAAUGACACCACAGGGCUACUAUAAGAGAACACCAGAUUAUCCGCUGAUCAGAGAAUGGAAGAGGACUGGAUGCUUUGCUGUCCCAAUGGUCCACUCUACAUUCCUGCUUGACCUGAGAAAAGAAGCGUCAGAUAAACUGAUGUUUUAUCCCCCACAUCAGGACUAUACGUGGACCUUUGAUGACAUCAUCGUCUUUGCCUUCUCUAGUCGCCAGGCAGGCAUUCAGAUGUACAUCUGCAACAGAGAACAUUAUGGCUACCUCCCAAUGCCUUUGAAAGCUCAGCAGACCCUGGAGGAUGAAAUUGACAGUAUCGUUCAUGUGCUCAUUGAGGCAAUGAUUGACCAUCCUCCAAUUGAACUUUCAGAGUAUAUCACCAUUCCCCCAAAGAACCCAGACAAGAUGGGAUUCGACGAGAUUUUCAUGAUAAAUCUAAAGCGCAGGAAAGACAGACGGGAUCGGAUGCUGCGUACUUUGCACGAGCAAGAAAUUGCAGUCAAGGUAGUGGAAGCUGUGGAUGGAAAGGCAUUGAACACAAGCCAGCUGAAAGCUCUCAAGAUAGACAUGCUUCCUGGAUAUCGCGACCCUUACUCCUCAAGGGUGCUGACCAGGGGAGAGAUUGGUUGCUUCCUUAGCCACUACUAUAUCUGGAAGGAGGUGGUGGAUAGGGGGAUGGAGAAGACUCUGGUCAUUGAAGAUGAUGUGCGGUUUGAGCACCAGUUCAAGAAGAAGCUCACGAAGUUGAUGGAUGAUAUUGAGAGUGCUCAACUUGACUGGGAGCUCAUAUACAUUGGCCGGAAGCGGAUGCAGGUGGAGCGUCCAGAAAAGGCUGUUCCCAAUGUCAUGAACCUUGUGGAAGCCGAUUACUCUUAUUGGACACUGGGCUAUGCAAUCUCUUUGCAAGGUGCCCAGAAGCUGAUUGGGGCUCAGCCUUUCAACAAGAUGUUGCCCGUUGAUGAAUUCCUGCCCAUCAUGUACAACAAGCACCCAGUUGCCAAGUACAUGGAAUACUAUGAACACAGAGACUUGAAAGCUUUUUCCGCAGAACCUCUGCUGAUCUAUCCAACACACUAUACUGGGCAGCCAGGUUACCUCAGUGACACAGAAACGUCUACCAUUUGGGACAAUGAGACAGUGGCCACAGAUUGGGACAGAACACUCUCUCGAAAAUCCCGGCAGCAGGGACAGAUUCACACGGAUGCCCAGAACAAGGAUGCUUUGCCACCUCAACCCUCUCUUGGGGCAUCAUCUGCCAGGGAUGAGCUAUGACUGUCCACUUGACUGAGGGACCCUAUGAAUACCAGCAAGAAAAGAAUCUGCCUUGUGCUCCAUCGUUUUUUUGGCCUGGAACCUUCCAGGGAUAUUUGUGUGCUGUCUUAAUUGGCAGACACAGUCAAUUUGAAUUGAGGUGACUAUAACUAAAAUAUGCCUCUUAUUCUCUGGGCGAGUUGUUGAACCUGAUUGAGUCAGGGUGGUAGACUUCUAAGAAAUACUGUAUUGAUGGUGAGCCAUCCUUUUGGUUUCUGCGUUUGUAACCAGAAAAACCUCUGUUGAGCUGCUGGAGGACUCUA